AUGAAUAUGUAGGUGGUGUUGUUGUUGUUGUUGUUGCUGAUGAAGAUGAAUAUGUUGGUGUUGUUGUUGUUGCUAUUGCUGAUGAAGAUGAAUAUGUAGGAGGUGGUGUUGUUGUUGUUGUUGUUGCUGAUGAAGAUGAAUAUGUUGGUGUUAUUGUUGUUGCUAUUGCUGAUGAAGAUGAAUAUGUAGGAGGUGGUGUUGUUGUUGUUGUUAUUGUUGUUGUUGCUAUUGCUGAUGAAGAUGAAUAU